AUGGAAACAGCACUGUUCGGUGAUAUCGAGAAGUUGGCCGCCGGUAGGUCACUGACGGUUAGCGGUGAUCUGCAAAUGGAUCAAGCGGUGCCGCUGCCGAGCUUUGGAUGGGAUUUUGCUCAUAAUGGAGCGCUCAUCAACGAAUCUAAAGUGCAAAAAAACUUCAGGAAAGUGGAGCGAUGGUCAGCGAAAUCAACGGAAGAUGCGAAUACUUUCGUUUUCAGUUAUCAAGUGCGCAUUCCCGAGCAACUGUUCACGUAUAGAACUGGCCUUUUCGAACUGCUCAAAUUUGCUUGGAUACAAUAUUUGAGUAUUUUUGUUGUUGUUCAGUUUGCUCUUCAAAACCUUCUUAAGUUCAUUUUUGAGAAUCGCAUUCUUUCAACGAUUGUUUCAAGCGACAAUAAACAUUUUGACUGA